AUGACUGGAUGUUACGAUGUAUUCUACCAACUGUGGAAAGUGUCGAUCGUCAAUCUCAAAAUACUUGAUCAGGAUGGUCGGACAGCUCUUUCAUAUGCACCGCGUCCCUCCUCUGGGUUUCGCUGGACGAUGAUUCCAGUUAUGGAAAAUCCAGAUGCGCAAAGCGAGCCCGAGCCCUGA